GUAAACAGGUGGAGGCAGUAAACAGGUGACAUGAUAAAGAUGGCCCCAUUAUAUUGAGGGUUAUCUAAAGGUUGACCAGCACACUGAGACUAUUUUUGUCUGCUCGUGUGGGCUGGGAAGUUGGACAGAAGCAGAUACUAGGUUUAUCCAGAACUUACAUCCACAUGUUGACAUUUUCCUCAAACUCAGUGACUCUGCAUCAUCGAGACGCACAGGCCUGGCAUUGACAAGCUGUCCCCGGCCAGAACAAUGACAGAUUGUAUCCCCUGCUUUUCUCAUGGUUCCACAAGGGAAGUCAACGACAGACACACAAACUGUUUACUGACUCCUUAACAGAAGGGCAACUGGGACAGACAGCCUUCCUUUCCCAUGUAUUGUGAAAGGACGUGUCACCUUACGGAGACCAUCGGAGCUGGUAUUGGACUGGAUACUGAAUAAGAGAACUUGCGACUUGAUGAUGUCAGGAACAUCAUGAUAAAGGGGAGAAGAACGAAAACUAUUAUCUCAUAAGGUAAGACUUUCUCAUGAAAUAUUCCUUUUUUAUUCAUUUAAUUGAACGGGAGCUUUAGUUGGAGGGAACAAAAAGUUGUGAAUUUCUCCUAAAUAGUUUUAAUAUGAUUUUUUUUUAAACAGGGUGCUAAAACCUAGUAGUUAUCCAGAAUAAAAAUGAUCUGUAUAAUAAACUGAGCGACACAUCUUGCAGAACAGUUUAAUAAUCUAUAUUAAAAAAUGUAUAUUAUAAAUAUAUAGUUUUAGAACCUGAACUGGAAGAAUAAGUGACUUAAAGAAUUUCUCUUAAAUGUGAAAUUCGCUUUGAAUUUUCCCUUUAGUUAAUCACCUUGUCCAUAAUAUAUUUUUGUGUCUGUCAAAUAACAAGGUACAAUGUUAGUUCAUUAUUUUUUAAGUUCGAUUUUUAAAAAAAAUUUUUUAUUGUAGUUAGUUUGUCCCUAAACCCACUUUUUCUUCCUCACCCUCCCAUCAUUCAAUUUAUGUAAUUUAUUCAAAUAACAUAACUUUGUUUUGUCCCAACUUGGGUUUCUGUGAGUUGUAGUUGAGAUGUUGGCUUGCUACAGUAGGAAUCUGGCCACUGAACUACAACUCAAGGAAUCCCCUUGUAUGCUAAAGAAAGUAAAAAGAGCUUUAACAUUGGGAACCUGCAGCAAAUGCAGGAACUUUGAAUGUGAUUAUUCUUUAUUUAAAAUGUACUUUGUGUAUCUAAGUAAAUCUUAUUUUUUAAUAUCCUGUUCAACGCCGAACCUGUUCUAAUCACUAAUUCAACUGCCUCUGUCCUUAUCUACCAGACUCUCUCAUUCUCCACCAAUCUAUUAUUAUUUUACAUAUUUAAUGUUGUUAUUCACUGUCUUAGAGCAUUCUAAGUAAUUUCAAAGUGAAUUUCAAAUUUAACCCCUUAAGGACACAACUUCUGGAAUAAAAGGGAAUCGUGACGGAAUAUUUCUGUCAUGUAUCCUUAAAGGGUUAAGGCCAAACCACCCGAAUUGAACUCAUAGCUGACUUAGAGAAUUUUUCAGUUUCGCUAUUUUUGACUUGAAAUUUGAAAUUCACUUUGAAUUCUCUUUUUAGUAAAUAGCCGUGAUGGAGUCCACAUUAUUGAUCUAUAAAAUAUUGAUAAAUAUAUAUCACUGGAAUUAUAGGUUACACAAAUGAUUAUUCACUUUGAAUUUCAAGUUGAAGGCCACAGUAGCCAAACGGAAAGCAUAGCUGACUGAAUUGUUUCCAAUUUGAUCAUUUUUACUUUUAAAUUUGAAAUUUACUUUGAAUUCUUACUUUCGCAGUUAAUGAUGUUGGUGUUUACCUGUGUUAACUCACUGCUAGACAUUCAUCUUGUAACUUUCUACAACUAACAAUACUUAGAAUACAUUGUGUGGAUCAAAACAAAGAGACAGAAUUGUUAGAAUUUCCCAAACCCAAUAACGUGUCAUUUUAUUCCACUAAAUAUUUUCCAAUAGCCCUGAGUAUAAAGGGGAUCGGUUCGUGAAACAAAAAGUGUAUUAAAAAAGCAAAAAUAACCCCCACUCCUCCCAGUAUUUUUGUAGGCCCAGUAUUUUGGGGCUUAGAAUAGGAAUUGUCAAAAACAAGCAAACAAAAGAAAAAAAUGAAUAAAAUAAAACGGCUCUAACAAAUCGAGUAGGAUAAAUGUUAAAACUAAAAUUAGCACGAAAAAGCAUAACUGUGAAAUGAUGUAAAUGUUACGCAAUUUUUAUUUUUUUACUUCAAAUUUUUAAAUGUCGUUAUGGAAAAUCAAGCUAAAAUUGUUUGUGUUCGGUUUGAAAGUGAUUCAUUCAUUGUGUUUUUAUGGUUUUCAGACAAACCCGAUGUGUUUGUCAUGAGGAUGAAAAGGAUCUAUUUACUGUGGAUUUUCUGCUUUUCCAUCUGCUACGCCGAUUCUAGUAUCUAUCGCAAUGCUGACCGGAAUCAAGGUCUGAGAUAUUCACCCAGCCACCAUGAUACUAACGCUCACUACGGGGAGGGGGACACACAUUACACGCUGCACAAUAUAUUCAAUAAACUGGGAAUUAUUCAUUUUAGAUAGAAAUUAAUAAUAGCGGAGUUUGAGCAUUUUUUUCCAUCUAAGAUAAUUUGGCCUAAAAUGUUACAUUCUCAAGUAGGCUUGUUUGAAUGUUUUCUUUGGCUUAUAUAUUUAUUUAAGGGUAUUGUUUAAUUGCAUCAUAUACAGUGUGUUGCAGUAGUUAUGGUACCACAAAUGCCCUGAUCCCCCAUUUUUAAGUAUUCAAACCAUUUUAGAACAGUUUGACUUCCUACCUUGUGCCCAUUGUUCUUCUCCCUAUCUCCACUACGUCAUGCAGAGAGCUACCAGCUCUCUGUCUUGGGUAAAUUCUGCACUGUAGGGGUGUUAUCUCAUUGGCUGAACACUGUUGGCAUGCUUUGAUUACUAACAAUAGGGGGUGCCAUGGCACUCUCAACACUGUAACCACUAUAAUGCACGUCAGGGGCUGUGGUUCUGGGUUUUUUUUGUGUGUUACUGCAAACCCACUCUGGACAUUGCUGUCACUUUGUCAAACAUUGACAUGUUGGAAGAAAUUGUCCCCAUUUGGAACUAGUGUUUACAUAAUAUUGAUAUACAGAAUUCUCUUUUGGUUGAUGUAUUUUUAUAUAAAUAUGGACUUUGACAAUAGGAUAAAAUGGUUACAUAAUUUAAAAAAAAUGAUGAUCUGGAGCUACCAUACAGCAGACACCAUGAGUGUAAUUAACUAAUGAAAUAUACAGAAAUAGAAAUAUUUGGGUUGCUCAAUCACAUGUAUCUCUCAGUUUCAAAUACAGGGAAUCCAAAAACUCAAGGUACAUUUGGCCUGAUUGCAAUAGUAGUUCUUAAGAUGUAAAUCUCUAAUACCACUAAUAAUUAACUUUAAGUACAUUCAUUGUCUCCAUAGAUGAAUCUCCAGUUUCAAAAUAUUUGCUCAAUCCCAUUCACAACGUGAUCAUAACCCAAAGAGGAUCCAACGUAACUCUUCCUUGUAUGCUGCGCUGGAGACCAAGGAGCUACAAAGUCAAAUGGAGCAAGAUUAACCCUGUUGACCCAUUGGAGAACCUUAUCAUCAUCUCAAACGGGAAGCAGCAUAAGAACUAUGACAAGCUGAAAGGUCGAGCCCGUCUGAGACGCAGCCACCGGCUCGAUGCCUCUCUGGUGAUAACUAAUGUGUCCUUGGAGGAUGAAGGACGAUACAAAUGUGAGCUGGUGAAUGGACUAGAAGAUCAGAGCUUGACUUUAUCAUUACAUCUGGAGGGUAAAGUUAUGGUUACAUCCUCUAAAAAUGUAGUUAUUAAAAGGAUGUCUCAUAUUAUUAGGGCCAGGUCCCUGAAACCCAUCUGAUGUCAAAGGAAGACUCUCUAAGCACCAAAACCACUUCAACAUAAUGUUGUGGUCUGGUGCAUAGAGAUUGUCCAUGCAGCUAACGAUUUUACAUUUCUGAGAAAAGGCCGUUUUUACAUUUGUUACUCAGACAGCCACCAGAGGUCGUUCCUGGUGCAGUUCUGCAAUCUUUGACAGCAAACAUUCCCCAUAUAAAUACCUUGAACCAAUUCUUCUCUAUCAAGAGAUGCUGAUUCGUCGUAGUUCGGUGAUUGUGUGCAUGUGCACUAGUUCCCCCAAUGUUUUCAAUGAGGAAGCUUUGGCUUGACUCAGAUCCUCUGUGAUGAUCAUCUCAGCCAGGGAAAGAGCAGCAGCCCAGUGACUAAGUACCAACGGCUAUACACCAGUAUACAAAGCCUUUAGUCCAAAUUCACUGCAUCAAUAAACUAUAAAGAAACACGGGUGCAUAGAAAUAAGUGUAAAAUAUAUAUAAUCGUCCUUGUUAUGAGCUACCUUGAGAAGGGAUCCCAACACUUGUUUUAAGUAAUCUUCAAUAUCUGUAAAGUAUAGAGAAGCCUCUGAUGGUGUCAUAACCUUUUUGUUUCUAAAUAGGUUGUGAGAAUAGUUUUAAUAUUUAUCCUGGAACAAAGUGCUCAUCAGUCUCAGCACACAGAGUCCUGUGUCUGCAGUCACUUAGAAGUUUCUUUUACUUAAACCUUACCACAUACACAGGAGAGAUUCCUUGAUUCUUCUAAUACUUUCUGUAUUGAGCAAAGGGCAGACAGUGGAUGUUAAAUAGGGGGGUGGGGGUGUUUUGUCAAGGCAACAACAAGCACUUCUGGGGCAAAGUGCUAAUUAUGGACGAAUCAGCAUGAAAACCAAUAGAAUCUGUCUCCGUAUUUAGGAGUUUGCACCUAAAAUAACAUUUGUUUUAUUUUGAUAAAUCUCCUUUGAAGAUUACGCCUUUUGAUGAUAUCGAUUAAAUUACCGGAGAACACCGUGCAGUAUCUCCUGGAUAAGGACCACACAAUGUUCCAUUUAUCAAUGGCUUAUCUGUUGUGGUAUUUAUGUAAAUAUUAAUACAGUAUGCCUGCCUGGCACUAGUGUUUGUAAGAUGAAAUCUGCAAAUUGGCAAUGUUGGUGCUUUAGUUACGGAGUGUGUGAUGUUGGUAGAGUCACAUGUUACAAAAUGGUAUAAAUAUCUCCAGUGAAACUAAAAUUAGUGAAUUUUAGGGAUGUGCAUGGGCAAAUAAUUCGGUUCGGGGCUUCGGCAAUUUGGCACUUCCGAAAUUCGGGAAUUCGGCACUUUGGUUCAGCACUUCUGAAAUUUGGGACUUUGGCAAUUCGGGACCAAGGGGGAGGGUUAGGUUAGGGUUAUGUUUAGGGUUAGAUUCCUGUCAUCAUUCCUUUAAUUUUCCCUGCUUCUCCUGUUUUGACACUUUUCAUAAAUCCGAAGCACUUCGGCAGUUAGGUUCGGUACUUCCGAAAUUCAGCACUUCUGCAGUUCGGGACUUCGGCAAUUCGGCACUUCGGUUUGGCACUUCCGAAAUUCGGCAAUUCGGACAUUCGGAAGCAUCCGAAUGUCCGAAUUUGCAAAAUUCGUCCGAAUGUCUAGUGCACAUGUCUAGUGAAUUUAAAAAUCACCCCCCUGGGGAAGAUUUCUCAGUUUGGGCACACUGUGCUAUCAGAGUUUGGUUUUCCGGAAAACUGCUUAAAAUCCACAAUAUAAUUUUUAAAAUAUAUACAUUUAUCUCAAACUAUGGAUGCUUUUAAAUAAACAUUUGCGAAUGUUACAUAAUGCAUACAGGAUGGACUAAAUCGGCUAAUGACAUGGAAAAUAUUAACGCCAAAAGUCUCAGGAACAAUCUGACCUUUUUCCUUUGUCACUCAACUUCUCCUAUUGUGUGACUGCUCUUCCAACUGAUUUAUUAUCCAUAGAAACAUCUUGUGAUGGAAAAUGUCCUCCUUUUUCGGUGUAGAACAUAAUUAUAGUAUGGUAAUGUGGACAUUUCACAUUCUAAUAAGUCUUUUGAAAUAUUCUGUUAAAUAAUAUAUUUUGGAUAAACAAUGAAGAUGUGAUACUUCCUCAUUAUAAUGCCAUUAACAAAAUGGGUUGGGGUACAAGGGAAUUUUCUUUUUUUUUUUUUUUUAGUCAAAAUGAUUUGAUAAAAAAAGCAUAGGGGCACACCCAAACCUUCCUUUAACCAUAAUCACGGAUAAGCUCUAUAAUAUGCUAUAUUGGCUAUCGUGCUUGGAGUGGCCCAUUACAGACCACUGUCAUAGGAAAAGUAAUACUUUAAUGUUUAAUGCUUUAAAACCCUGAAUCUGAGGUGGUUUCUGCCCAGUAAUUUCUGUUUUGCUCCUUUAUUUUGCAGGGGUGGUUUUCCCCUAUCAGUCCAAGGAAGGACGCUACCAUUAUAACUACGUUGAGGCACGUCAAGCUUGUGAAGAGCAAGAUGGCCGAAUGGCCACAUUUUCACAGCUCUAUCAAGGUGAGGAUUGGUUAUUUUACUGUAUGCUACUGAAAGGACAAAUGGCAAGACCUCUGUGGUGCUCCAACAUAAUUUCUGAUAUUCCCGCAUGGAGGUGGUAUGUCUUUGAAUCCUUCUAGGCAGCUCUGCCAUAACAUAACACCACAAGAAAUUCUCCAGGCACUCAAGGUGUUCAAAGCCGAAGGCAGUUUUAAUAGAACAAAAAAAGGAGCAGCAACGCUUCGACCUGCUAAGAGGUCUUUGUUAAGCUGGCUAGAGGUAAGUCAUCAAAUGUAGUCUCCUUAAGUUACCUUUCACACAAAUGAUCUAAAGAGUCAGAAGGGCUUCAAGGUUAGGAGUUUAGGGAUAACUGCUUUCUGAAGAGAUUUUCUGGACUGUGAAUAAGAAUUCUAAAAGGUAGUGAUAAGAGUCACAUUUCACAGCAUCUUUGUGGCAGGUAGGUAGAUACCCCUUUAUGCUAAGUUCUUCUUAACUCCAGCCUUAAACACCAUGUACCCCAGGGCCCUCUGUCUACUCUUAAAGCCACAUUGUCCCAUGACAUCUAUUUUCUUAAGGGACAUGUUUAAAACCGACAUGUUAAAACCCUACCAGUGUAAAAGUCUUCUUGCAUGCUUAGUGGCACUGCAUAGAAGUGGAGGAAGACCUGAUAUGAACAAAUUGAAUGAGGAUAUGAUUUCUUUUAAUCGAUUAUUCUAGCUGACUGAAUAAUUAGAUUUUAUUGAAGACCGGAGACAGUUAUUUUGCUUAUCUCCUUUUACUGAAAGCCAAAUAGCAGCAAAGAAAUGAUUAACAGAACCAUGGUAGCAGAGUGAAAAAAUAUAAGAACCCUGUAAAUCCUUCCCGCUGCGUUCUUUGAUGAUGCCCCCGGCUGAGAAUGAUCAGGAAUACAUCUUGAAAUUGAUAACAGAUCCGUAACAAAUAUACCAAUUAACCAAUCGACAGAAACACCCAGUAUUAUUCAUACUAAGAGAGAAGACACAGAAAAAAUGUGAAAACAAUGGCACAUGGAAUAAAAAACAAACAGAACAUACAUAAAGCAGAUCUUGGGGACAAAUGGAAAUCAAAGGGAUAUCAAAAUACUCGCCUCUUGUCUUUAAUAAGAUUAUUCAGUCACUAAAGCUAGAAUAAUCAUUACUUUGUCAGCAAGACCGGAAGCUCGUAUUUUAUUGUUUUAACACUCAGAAAGAAGAGAGAAAAUUGCAUGAGAGCACAGAAGGUAGCUUCCCUAGACCAGUCAAUGGAGGUCAAAGUGUCAGUCAAACUUGCACAGGCUUCCAAAGCACGGGAUAUGGUGGCACCUGGCAAAGAAGACACCCCAAAGUAGUGGUUAACAUCUGCCAGGAAGAGUAGCCAGCAAUCCACCGGGUGAUCGAAGAAGAAGAAACCUUAUGUUGCAAAAUGAACAAGAUGAGCAGUUGACAUUUAGACGAAGGGCAAAGUUACCUGGUGGAAGCCAAAUAUUACUGAAGGUACAGUUUCGGCUCAGCAGAAAAAUAAGGGCAAGAUCUAGAUGACAAUAGCCUUAAUCCAAUGUUGAACCAAAAAUAUCUCUGCAGGUGAGAAUACAGAAUCCACAUUAAAUGUGCAAAUAUCUACACACACCAAAAGGUGACCAGACAGAGCAUAAGAGCAAGUUUAGCCGGCAGUUGAACAGCCAGGCCUUACUAAAAGAAUGUACACAUCCCAGAAAUGUAGGUACUGAGAAAUGGGAGGUCAAGGAAAAUAGACGUCAUGAAUGAAGUGACAAACAGAUGGAUCAUGUCCAUUGAACAUGCCGCAAAGCGGAACAUAUCCUCUUCUAAUUGGCUGUUUCGGCUGGUUAAUAGAGCGGCAAGACUUCCUAUGAGAGCAAAGAUAGGAAAUAAUGGAAUCCACCUGUUGCUUCAAAACACCAAUCAUGGCACACACCACACAUAGAGAUCUAAUGUUCUAGUGCUAGGAGCCCAGGAGUCUCCAUGCAAGGUUCUAGCAUCUCAAGAUAAUUCCAACAAAUCUCAGGAUCCAUGGACACAGUCCAAACCACCAGAGGGAGCUAGUCUUGCAAAAUUAAAGGAUUAGGGUCCCCUUGCAGGUCCUGGAAGAGAAAGUAAUCAUGGGGCGACAGCAGAGGAUAGUCAGUUGGCAUCUCCAAGAGCAUGGCGAACCAGGGCUGAGCUUGCCACAUUGGGGCAACCAGACCCACCAAGACUCCCUGAUGGUAAAUAAGGUGAAGAAUCCUAUCAUGACAAAAGGCAGAAAAGCAUAUGCUUUUAGUCGGCCACUAAUAGAGAAAGGCAUCCGCUACCAAACUCUCCGCAUCUGGGAGCCAGUCUUAGUACCUCAGAUGUUGAUGACCCACCAGGGAUAAGAAAGGGUCCAGAGUGAAAUGGUCCUUGACAGUCCUCAAGGCAAAGGGAAAAUUGAUCAACUUCUCUUAUCAUAGGAGGCUCCAGCAACUGGAGGCGAUCUGCGACUAGGUUGUUCCAGCCAGAAGGUAGCCUCCUGGAGAAAUAGGUUCUUGUUCAGGCAAUAAUGGUGAAUAUACAGCUCAGUCAGGAAUCUGGAGCAGGUGCCUUCUAUAUGGUUGAUGCACCAAACCACUGACAUAUUGUCCAUGUAAAGAAGGAGGCAACAUUCCAGCAGGUCUUUUGUGAAGCUGCAAGUUGCAAAUGAGCCGUCAAUGGCAAUUUAUGAGCAGGGAUUGUUUUUUGGAUGUCCACAAACCCACCUGUAGAAUGACUGUAGCGGUUGUGUCCCAACUUAGACAGAUUGCAUCUGACCCAGUAUGAUUAGAACCGAAGAUUGUCCUGCUGUUCCAGGUGUCCAUAUUGUAAAGCCACCAGGUGAGUUCCAAGGGAGCCUAGUUUUAGGGCCUAGGAAAAUUGCCUUGAUUGAGGAGGACAAGAUCCUAGGCAGACAACUUAGAGGAACCACGUCCAUCUCCUUUAUUGCAAAAAUAGUUCCCAAUGGAGGUGUAGGAUGGCCACCUGGGAGUCCACAUCAAAGACAAGUAAUUAGACUGAGUGGUAGGGUUCCAACCCCAGUUUUUUCACAUUGGUGACAAAGCCAAAAUGUCAGUAGACUACUUUUGUUUGCAUGCUUCCACAAAGAUAAUCUGGAUCCUGUGCCAGUAACAUUAUAUUGCCCAAGUAUACGAUGGAGUGAAUCCCAAGUGAAUGACCAGCUUGUGCAGCUUUCUAAAGAACCAUGGGGUGGAGGUACUGUCAGGGUACCUGUGGUUACUGCCCAGGUAGGGAUCCAGCCGGUGGGUCUUCUCCCACCUUAUGGGGACACUCAUCACAUUCCCUUCAGACCCCGGCCGCGGUACCUCCGCACCUAUUUAUGAUGUGGCGUGGACUUUUUGGGAGCGUAGCCAUCACUUAAAGGGCCAAACUAUAAAAAGGAAUCAUUUGCAAUGAAUCAUUGCUCUGUUGUGGUUCUAGCUUGGUUGUUCCUAUAGUGCAUACUCUGGUUUGGUUUAUUGGUAUUUGACUUGGCUCUGAUUUUGGCUAUUCUGUGAUUCUCCUUCCCUUUGACUCGGCUUGUUUAUUCGCUUACCGGUUUUCUGGCACCCUUGACUUCGCCUUGUCCCGGACUAUUCUCUGUCCUUUCCUAUGUUAGUCCAGCCAUUCUAAGGCCUGGUACACGUUCUCCUAUUUUGCAUCCUGCGUAUUGGAUCCCUGUGUCGGUUCCUGACAGGUUUUCAGUAAAGGAAGCAAAAUACGAGCCUCCUGUCUUGCUGUAAAACGUAUUUUUUAGAUUUUAUCUCUCACAGACAUUUUUACAAUUGCAAAAUCUGUCCUUUGCCACCAAAGACCAACAGGGUCUAUUCAUUAAAGUGAGAAUUGUCAGGAAAUCAAAGUGAAUUAAGUUUAAGGCCAAGAAAGCCAAAGUAUAAACAUUAGUCAGCUAUGUUUCUACUUCUGGUAGUUUGGCCUUAAGAUGAAAAUUUCCUUUGAAUUCCAAACAACUCUCACAUUAAUGAAUAUUCCUCCAAACGUAUAAACGUAUUCUUUCUUUCAUAGCCGUAAUGUCCGCUUGGUGUCCUGGGGAUGCAAUAAAGGUUAAGUGACUCAUUUUCUACCUGUAUUUCAGCAUGGACAGAUGGUUUAGACUGGUGCAAUGCUGGAUGGACUCUGGAUGGGACUGUCCACUACCCAGUAAUCGUCCCACGGGAGCCUUGUGGAGGCAAUCUUCCUCCAGGGAUUCGGAGCUAUGGCCCCAAAGACAAAAUAAAGGAUAGAUUUGAUGUUUUCUGCUUUACCUCUGCACUAAAAGGUAUAAAAUGGAUUUCCAUAUUAUCAAACACCCCCUGGAAAAAGUGAAAUGUAUUUUUUUUUUUUAAAUAGGUGUAUAAUUUUAAAGAAAAUCUAGCAGGCUCCCCAGACCUCAUGUUAACCAAGAAGGCUGUAAAAUGCCACCCGACUCAUUUUUUGCACUUCAUGGGUAGCAUGGAUGGAUGGAAGUUAUACUAAUGAUUAAAUAAGAGCAUUCAUGGUUUAUUCGUGUUCCUGUGGUCAGAUUGAUGUUAGUAUUUAGGAGAUAAAGACAGUUAAGUAUACAGUUUAUAUUGUGUGUCUCUAACAGGGAUGUCAUCUGCUGUGUUUUGUAGGCCACGUCUAUUAUAUCCACGGACCGAUGAAUUACCGAGAAGCUUCUGAGUCCUGCCAGGCCCACCAAGCUUUAAUGGCAAAGGUUGGCCAUCUCUAUGCUGAGUGGAGGUUUGCCGGCCUGGAUCAAUGUGACGGGGGCUGGCUACUAGAUGGAAGUGUUAGAUUUCCUAUAACCGAACCUCGAGAACGAUGUGGGGGCCUGCCAGACCCUGGGGUUAGGAGUUUUGGCUUCCCCAAUCCAGAACAGAAACUCUAUGGAGUUUAUUGCUAUUCCUUAAUCUAAGACUUUCCCUGUGUGUGACAUAUUGCAGAGGACUCCUAGAGAUAUGUCUGGUCCCCUCUAUGAAGGAUAGGCUUAGGUCAGGGUGUACUAAGUCUGGCCUUCAUCCCUCACAAUUAGCCAAGGUUUCAGGGAAAUAUUUACAACACUGUUUAUUAAUUACAUGAUGUUAAUAGGAGAACAUCUAAAAACCUGGUAGAACAGGAAUCUUUGAGGGAAGAAAAUACCAGAGUCUUAACGUUGGCACUUAUUCUACAGUAUUAAUUCGAUCUAGCCAAAAUUAAGGAUAUUUCUGGUGGACAUAUCGAAGGUCUGCCACGCCUACUUGCACUUUGACCGAUGCAUAAUGUAAAUAGCUCAAGCUGGGUAGUUACUAUGACAUUUUGAGUCUUCCAGGCAGUGCUCAAAAUUUUCACUUGGCUAGUAAAAAUGAAUCAUGUCAAUAACUUGCAGUAGCGAGAAACUUAAGGCCUGGCUAGUACCAUAGGACAUCAAAUUUAAGUUCUGCUCCAGGUAUGGUUUGCCUUGAUGACAAAAUGUUUACGAUUCUUCUAUACGUUAACCCUUUACUUGCACAUCUAGCAAAUUAAUAGUUAAAUGAUUGAACAGCAUGCAAACUUGCAAAUUAAACACUAAUGUCACUGCUGUUACUUUGGCAAAACAAAAAAAAAAAUAUCACAGUGAAGUUUUGUUUUAUAAGAGAGAAUCACGGUUUCCUGCAUUAAUCCCAUCACUCAAAGUCUUCAUAACUAGUGGAGUGAUGUGUGUAUAUAUAGAAGCCUUAAAACACUUUUUGGUUUCUCCAGAACUCCCUGGUUUUACGCAGUGAUAAUUAACUUUUUUUUUUUUUUUACAGGAUCUUACACUUUGGCAAGCUAUUCUUUAUUUAAGUUAACCCAUUGACACAUUCUCAUGGUAUACUAAAAAUACAUUUCACAAAAUACUCUUAUUAGCGUCUGCAAGCCUCCACUGCGCUGGAGAGGACAGUGCCGCUACUUAUUGCACAAUAAAUGAUUUAUUAUUAUAAAAUGUACUUUAGCAUAUAAAUUUCCG